AUGAGGGUCACCGCCGUCGCCGUUGCCGUCCUCUCCGGACUGGCCCAGUCCCAGAUGCUUACCUCAACCCGUCCGGGCGGCUGGCAGCCGUCGCAGCCCGACUUCCCCGCCGUGCCCCUGGACCCGCAGACCAUCUUCGAGACGACCGUGUCCCGGGUCUUUGUGCCCGGCCCCGGCCGGCCGACCUGGACUUGGAGCACAAAGGUCGUCACCGUCACCCAGCCUUGCACGACCACCUCCACGACUACCCCUUGCACCACUUCCACCAGGAAGCACAAGCCUACCCCGUGCUCUACUUCCAAGAAGCCCACGACGACGCCCUGCACCACGUCGAAGAAGCCAACGACUACCCCGUGCUCAACUUCCAAGAAGCCCACCACGACUCCUUGCUCGACGUCCAAGAAGCCUUCCACGACUCCUUGCUCGACGUCCAAAAAGCCCACCACGACGCCUUGCUCUACGUCUAAGAAGCCCACCACGACGCCUUGCUCUACAUCUAAGAAGUCUACCACUACUCCUUGCACGACCCCUAAGAAGCCAACGACCACUCCCUGCUCUACUUCUAAGAAGCCGACAACCACUCCCUGCUCUACCUCCAAGAAGCCCACCACGACUCCUUGCACCACCUCCAAGAAGCCUACACCCACACCUUGCACCACCUCAACCAAGAAGACCACUACCCCCUGCGUGUCUUCCACUUCCAAGAAGCCCACAACGACUCCCUGCAAGUCUUCUUCCAGCUCCAAGAAGUCCUCGACCACCCACAAGCCCAAGACCUCUUCCAAGGUAGUGGUAACCUCCAGCCGCCGCCACAACGCCACAACUCCUUGCACCUCGGCCACCAAGAAGGCAACGACUUCCCAUAAGCCUAAGACCACCACGACCGCCAAGGCCACCACCUCUGCCGCCGUCGUCGUCCUGUCUUCGCAGAAGGCCGUCUCCUCUUCCUCCAAGCCCAUUAUCGUGGUCUCCUCCCAACGCACCAUACCACCUACGUCUUCAGCUUCCGUCGCCAUCGUGGUGUCUUCGCAGAAGGCUGUUCCCGUCACCCCUCAGGCCUCGAGCACGCCUUGCCCUACGGUUACCAGGGUCCGUUACCACAACUCUACCGUCACUGCGAACCAGCCUGCCACCGUUCCCUCGCAGCCUUCCGCUCAGCCUCCGGCGCAACCUCCUGCGCAACCCCCGGCGCAGCCUCCUUCGCAACCUCCCGCUCAACCUCCUGCUCAACCCCCGGCGCAGCCUUCUUCUCAGCCUUCUGCUCAACCUCCCGCGCAGCCUCCUGCUCAACCCCCGGCGCAACCCCCGGCGCAGCCUCCUUCGCAACCUCCCGUUCAACCUCCUGCUCAGCCGCCCGCGCAGCCUCCUACCCAGACUCCGGCGCAGCCUCCCGCCCAGCCGCCUACAACUGGAGGCAAGCCCUCCACGGUCGCCACCGCUGGCGGCAGCUAUGUCAAGGCGCCUCUCACCCUCGCCGGUGCCCUCAUGGUCGCCGCCUUCUUCCUUUAA